GCAGCAUCGGGUCAUGGAGAGGUGUCCCUAGCUUUACCAACUCAUGUACGCGAAGGUGUCAGCUGUACUUACUGUGGAGAACACUCGUUUAACCGGUUUUUAUCAGCGGGAUUACCAUCCUCAAAACGCACCGACUCUGACCAUCACCCCAGCCAGAACCCGCAGGGGGCCGUGAGAGCACCGGGCCAGCUUGGGCUUCGUACGCACCGCAGCGAAGAUGAAUAUCCAGGUUCUGCCAGAACAUAAGCUCUCGUCAGUGGCCCCGCUGAAACAGUGCAAUGUGGAGAAAAAAGAGGUUGAACUGAUACUGGUGAAGGACCAGAAUGGUGUCCAGUACACCAGUUCCUCCAUCAUUCCCACGCCUGGCCACCCCAUAGAUCGUCCCGGUGACGACGACAGAGAAACUUGGGGCAAGAAAAUAGACUUUCUCCUGUCGGUCAUUGGCUUUGCGGUGGAUCUGGCCAAUGUUUGGAGAUUUCCUUACUUGUGCUACAAAAAUGGAGGAGGUGCCUUUUUGAUCCCCUACAUUCUUUUCUUGGUCAUUGCGGGGAUGCCAUUGUUCUACAUGGAGCUCGCAUUGGGCCAGUACAACAGGGAAGGGGCAGCUACAGUUUGGAAAAUAUGCCCAGUCUUUAAAGGUGUGGGCUACACUGUGAUCCUAAUAGCCCUGUAUGUUGGCUUCUACUACAAUGUCAUCAUCGCCUGGUCCCUCCACUACCUAUUCUCCUCCAUGACCCGUGAGCUUCCAUGGCUCAGAUGUGGCAACAGCUGGAACAGCGAGAACUGCACUGACCCAAAAGCCUUAAACGGAUCCAUCCUCGGAAAUGGAACAUCUUACGCCAAGUACAAGAGCACCCCGGCAGCAGAGUAUUAUGAACGGGGUGUGUUGCAUCUCCAUGAGAGUAGGGGUAUCCAGGACUUGGGCCUGCCUCGCUGGGAACUGACAUUGUGUCUGGUUGUGGUGGUCUUCAUCCUCUACUUCAGCCUGUGGAAGGGUGUCAAGUCCUCAGGAAAGGUGGUGUACAUCACAGCUACUAUGCCCUAUGUGGUCCUUUUUGUGUUGCUGAUCCGAGGUGUCACUCUACCAGGGUCCAUGGAUGGAAUCAGAGCCUACCUCCACAUUGACUUCAAAAGGCUAAACAAUUUAGAGGUGUGGAUUGAUGCAGCCACCCAGAUAUUCUACUCGUUAGGAGCAGGAUUUGGUGUGCUCAUUGCAUUUGCCAGUUACAACAAAUUUGACAACAACUGCUACAGGGAUGCGCUAUUGACCAGCACUGUGAACUGCGUUACCAGUUUCUUCUCAGGGUUUGCCAUCUUCUCUGUGCUUGGAUAUAUGGCUUACAAACAUGGGGUGAAAAUAGAAGAUGUGGCAACAGAGGGGGCAGGAUUGGUGUUUAUCAUCUACCCUGAGGCGAUUUCUACACUCCCAGGCUCAACAUUUUGGGCUAUUGUGUUCUUCAUCAUGUUGCUGACCCUGGGUAUUGACAGCUCGAUGGGUGGCAUGGAGGCAGUCAUCACAGGUCUGACGGAUGAUUUUAAGUUCCUCAAGAGACACAGGAAGCUCUUCACCUUCGCCACAGCCUUUGGAACCUUCCUGGUUGCCCUGUUCUGCAUUACCAAUGGUGGGAUCUAUGUGCUGACCCUGUUAGAUAAGUAUGCAGCAGGGACCUCUAUACUAUUUGGUGUGUUGAUCGAGGCCAUUGGAGUGUCAUGGUUUUAUGGUGUGGACCGCUUCAGUGAAGAUAUUGAGCGCAUGAUGGGUUUUAAGCCCGGUCUUUACUGGAGGCUGUGCUGGAAAUUUGUCAGUCCAGCUUUUCUUCUGUUUGUGGUAAUAGCAAGUACUGUGACAUCAUCAGGACUGAAGUAUGAUGACUACGUCUUCCCUAACUGGUCCAAUGUUGUCGGCUGGGGUGUGGGCAUGUCCUCCAUGCUCUUUGUCCCCAUCUACGCUAUUUAUAAAUUCCUUAGCGUGCCAGGAACAUUCAAACAGAGGAUAGCCUAUUGCAUCACUCCAGAACAUGAACAUCAUCUGGUGGCUGAAGGAAAUAUUCGGCAGUUCACACUCAAGCAUUGGUUGGCAAUCUGAAAAAACAAAAAACAAAAAAACAGAAGUCCCUCAUCCAUCCUCACAACUGAUGCUUGGGGUUCCUGUGUGCCACCAGUGGUUGGACAGAGAAGAGCAACAGGCUAAAAUGUCUCUCAACAGCCUCUCUUCUCCGUGUGCAUUUACUACCCAAGGCCUUUGUUGUCAACAGUAGCUUCAAGCACUUUGAUUUCAAAGUUAUUCCGAUUAACAUUUUGAAACCAUCCUACAGCUUAACUCAGCUCAUAAGACAGGAGCCGAAGAUGUACAGUUAUUUGCCCAUGG